AUGUCCACAUUCCUCGUCAUCCAAGCAACCGGCGGUCAAGGCCAGUGGGUUAUCACUCAUUUGCUCAAAUCCGGUGCCAAAGUUCACGCACUAGUCCGAGAUGUCAACAAACCUCUGCCAGCCAUCCUCAAGGCCGAGGGAGUGACGCUCUUCGAAGGCGAGUCCGUCAACGCAGAAGCCGUCUAUGCCGCUGCCAAGGGCACUUCGGGUGUCUUUCUCAACACCUUCAUGUCCGAGACCGAGAUCAAGCAGGCCGAGAGCGUUGUCGAGGGCGCAAGGCGCGCCGGCGUCGAGACCAUCGUCGCCUCAACCGCCAUCGGCUCAGGCGACAAGACGAUCCUGGAGUCAGAGUACACCAAGAGCAUCGGGCUGCAUCAGUACUACGUCAACAAGAACGGCAUCCAGGAGGUCGUCAAGAACGGCGGCUUUAAGAGCUGGACGAUCCUGCACCCGGCCUACAUCCACUUUGACAUCUUCACGCCCAAGAACGCCUACAACUUCCCGCGCAUGCCCCAGGGCAUUCUGGAUCACGUCCUCGACGCCGGGCGCAAGAUUGCCCACACAGACGCCUCCGACAUCGGCCGGUACGCGGCAGCGGCGCUGAUGAACCCUGAAAAGUUCAACGGGGAGAUCGUCGAGCUGGGUCUGGCCAUGGACUGCGACGAGAUGGCUGCCGAUCUGUCCAAGGUCAGCGGCAAAAACGUCGAGGCAGUCAGGUACACGUUUCAGGAGGCGCAGAAGGCGGGCGUGUUCCAAUUCGGCAUGGCGUUCCAGCUGCUGGCUAACGUGUUUGACUUUAGCAAUCUUGUUGGUGCUGGGCUGAGGAACCAGGAGAAGUAUGGGAUCCAUCUGCUGAGGCUGGAGGAGUCGCUGGUCAGGGACAAGGAGCAGCUCAUGUCGACUCUUAUCGAGGUCAACUAG